AUGCCAGCGGCGCCGAUGCCCCGCCCCAGGCCGAAGCGGGCCACGGCGCCCCUCGAUGCGGCGGCGAGAGCCCGCCUGGCUGCUCUCCCCAGAAGCGCAGACAGCAGCGGCAGCGAGCACGAGGCGGCCGCACUCUCCAGCCUCGUCAACGAUUACCUCCUCGAGACGGACGCGACAGUCCCAUCGGCCACCCUCGCGUUGGAAGGCUCCUCUGAUGUGGAUGACGAGCCUAACGGCGACACCAGCUCAACGGCGGCGGCCGACAUGCUGGCAGAGAUCAAGAACAAUCUUGACCCGACCGAUAGCAGUGCUGACGAGCUACGCCGCCGGCUCGUCUUUGCCGUGGCGGAUGCCAUGCGCGGGUUGGAUGAUCUGCGGCCGAACCAGUUGGCUUUCCGGCGCACCGUGUUGUCCCGCCUGCGCGAGCGUGGCCACGACGCCGGCCUGUGCAAGGUGCGUUGGGACAAGUCGAGUGGCGUGACCGCCGGGAGCUACGAAUACAUCGACGUCGUCGCUGGCGGGGGCGGGACAAGGUACAUCGUGGACGUCGGCUUCGCGACGGAGUUUGAUGUCGCUCGGUCGACCGAGGAGUACGAGGCAGUUCGGACGGCACUACCGGAAGUGCUGAUCGCGCGCCCAGAGCACCUCAGGCAAGUUGUCAAGCUUGCAGCGUCCGCAGCACGGCGCUCGCUCAAGAGCAGCGGCCUCAGUGUGCCGCCCUGGAGGAAGAGGCGGUUCAUGAUGACUAAAUGGCUAGGGCCCUACAGGCGGACGGUUAGCUCUAUUCCGGCAUUAUGCAGCAGCGGCGCGGUGGCCGUCUGCCAGACCAUAGUUGGCUUCGCCCCUCAGACUACGGUGGGGACGUCGUCAGGGUUUUGGGGGUGAGGUGUGAUUGGGAUUUGAAAGAUGCUAUAUGUGAAGUUGCAGAUUGCAUGGUAGAUCG